AUCUUGGGCUUUUAUCAAACACGUAGAAGACACCAUAUUUAUAAACUACAUAAAAACAAAACAAAGCUAAGAGAAUGAUAGAUUGAAGAGUGAAGUGAGUCUAUGUAACUUACAUACCUUAAUCAAUCUUGGUUAGUUGCAAUGGUGGUAUGUGGAUUCCAGCAACCACUUCAGUCAUAGUUUACAGUCAAUCGUACUCACUAUAAAUCCAAGGGAGAAGAAAGAAAAAGAAAGAAAGCCCAGCAUAAGAUUGUUUGAAGGACUCGUCCAAUGAUGCGGGAAGGGAGAGGGAAAAGGAUUGAGUGGGUAAAAUAAAAUUUUGGGUUUUGGAAAUUGGGUGAGAAGUGGCUAACACAAUUGGGGUUAGAAGUGUACAAACUGAUUUUGGGUUAACACGGUGAGAAGGUUUGGGUUGUUGAGUUUGUUUUAGUUUUAACCUUGGUUUUAGUUGCUAACAAGAGUUUAGAUAAUGGGGUAGUACUAAGGUAGAGCUGAGUCAAAAAAAAAUGAAUAGGUGUCAUUUUUCUAUUGGGUGGCAGGAGCUCGGAGGUUCCAAUAAUUUCUCCUUUUAUUGGUCUGGUUGUCAGUUAUGACAACAUUAAAAAAAUAAGAGGAUGAGAAUAAAUUCUGAAGAUUUAUCACAAAGUCUUCUAUAUCUUCCUUUUGCAAGCUCAGGUUAAUAGUUCCACUCUCUCUCUUUCUCAACCAAAGGCUGCAAUGACUUCCACCACCAAAGAAAUACCCAUAGAGCUUCUUCCUUUUAUACGGGUCUACAAGAACGGCUCAGUGGAACGCCUCGAAGACACCCCUAUUGUUCCACCAUCACCUGAUCAAGACCCAGAAACCGGAGUCUCAUCCAAAGACAUAACCAUUUCAGAGAACCCUUCCAUCUCAGCUCGCCUUUACCUCCCAAAACUCACUGCUCACAACCAAAACCAAAAACUCCCCAUCUUAGUUUACUUCCACGGCGGCGGUUUUUUCCUAGAAUCCGCCUUCUCAAGCCUCUACCAUCGCUACCUCAACAACUUAGUCUCCCAAGUCCAUGUUCUCACUAUCUCGGUCGAGUACAGACUUGCACCAGAGCACCUUCUUCCAGCUGCUUACGAAGACUGCUGGGCUGCACUUCAAUGGGUUGCCUCUCACUCAGCUGAUAACGGUAAAGAGCCGUGGUUAAUCAAUAACGGUGACUUUGAAAGAAUAUUUAUAGGCGGUGACAGUGCUGGUGCCAAUAUAGUACAUAACAUGGCUAUCAGAGCUGGGAUUGAGAGCUUGCCUUGUGGUGCUAAAAUUUUUGGUGCUUAUCUUGCCCACUCUUAUUUUUGGAGUUCUAAGCCAAUUGGGGCAGAGCCUAAGGAAGGACACGAGAAGAGCUUGCCGUAUUUAUUUUGGAACUUUGUGUAUCCCUCAGUAACUGGUGGUGUUGACAAUCCAAUGGUUAAUCCAGAAGGGCCAGGUGCACCGAGCUUGGCUGGGCUGGGGUGUGAUCGGAUGCUUGUGUGUGUGGCUGGGAAGGAUUUGAUGAAGGACAGAGGUGUUUGGUAUUUUGAUAUGGUAAGGAAGAGUGGGUGGAAAGGGGAAGUAGAAUUGUUUGAAGUGGAGGAAGAAGAUCAUAUUUUUCAUAUCCGCAAUAUUGAGACACAGAAUUCUAAGGCUAUGGUCAAACAAUUGGCUUCUUUUGUCUUCGAGUAAAACUAUUCUGGCAUAUUAUACUAGGAAUAUUCCUAGAAUAAUGCUGCUUGACAGCAAGGAAUAAUAAUUAUAGUGGUAGUAGAUGCUUCCUGAUGAAUCUUGAUUAGUCCCACACUCCCACUUGCUUCCUACCAUUGUUUAAGUUUAACUUAUGUUGUUUGGUUGAGGAUUCCGUAUGUCAAAGACGAAUAAAAAUCAUUUGUCUCCA